ACAUCUGGUUUAAUGAGAGUACAUUACGUAGCACUGAUAGAGUGUGCACCAAUCCGAACACGCACAAAGAUGUGGUGUGCUGCUUAGUGAUAUUAAGGUGGCGAACGCCUUCCGAAUGGUAUACCAACAACCCUCAACUGAAGUCAUACCAAAAGACUUUGGUGAAAACUCACCAUGGCAAAGUUGAUUGAAGCCCGCAACGUUGCCUGCAGGAAGGACAAAGAGCAUACCAUCUUCUCUCAAUUGGACUUCGAUGUCAACGAGAGGGAUAUUAUUGUUCUACAGGGCAAGAGUGGUGCAGGGAAAACUACACUUUUAAAGUGCAUCGCCCACUUGAACGUUUAUGACGGAGAGAUCUUAUACAGAGGACGGACAGCUAAGGCACACGGCGUGCCUGCGUUUAGAACGCGGAUAUUCUACGUGCCUCAAAGGCCUGCUUUGCUGCCAGGCACGCCACACGAUUUUAUGGCAACGGUCACAUCCUUUCAGUCUCGUAAAUCGACUUCAGAAUCUGAUCUCGCCCUCGCUAAGGACAUCUCCAAGGGGUGGGGGAUCGAUGAUGAGCUAUGGGACAGGAAUUGGACUAGCUUGAGUGGUGGUGAGGCGCAAAGGAUAGCAUUGGCUGCUGCAAUGGGAUUGAACACUGCUGAAGUCCUUUUACUUGACGAGCCAACUUCAGCUCUCGACCAUCACUCGACUAAGCUUGUGGAAGAGUUCAUUCUGAAUAACCUCAGGUCCCCGCAAACCGGGUUGAAGGCGAUAGUCUGGAUUACCCAUUCUGAGGAGCAAGCAAGAAGAGUAGGAACUAGAUUCCUUCAGAUCUCACGAUCUGGUUGUGUGGAAGAGCCACUUAUGCCUGAACCGUAGACAUUGCAACAAGAGUUGGAUUAUUAAAAUCUGGAUAUGCAGUGUUCUGCAUAAUAACACACACUACGCCAUCACUAAUCGAUAGUCCCAUAGCUCAGUGGUCAGAGCGUUGUACUUAUGAGGUUACAUUCCAUGCAAGGGUCCCGAG